CCAACACACCCACCCACCAAAAAACCAAAGCAAAGUACUUUCUUUCCCCAUAUCUCCAAAAAAAAAAAAUGGCCAUUUUUCCAGUCAUCAACUUGGACAGCAUCAAUGGCGAUGCUAGGCCCAAGAUUUUGGAGCAAAUUGAAGACGCAUGUCGAAACUGGGGUUUUUUUGAGGUGGUGAACCAUGGGAUCCCACAUGAGUUUUUGGACAGAGUGGAGAAGAUGACGAGAGAUCACUACAAGAAAUGUAUGGAAGAGAGGUUCAAGGAGACGGUGGCAAGCAAGGGCUUAGAGGCUGCACAGGCUGAAGUUAAUGAUAUGGAUUGGGAGAGUACCUUUUUCUUGCGCCAUCUUCCUCAAUCAAACAUCUCCGAGAUCCCCGAUCUCGACGACGAGUACAGGAAAGUUAUGAAGGAAUUUGCCAAGUUGUUGGAGAAACUUGCUGAGGAGCUAUUGGACAUGCUAUGCGAGAAUCUUGGGUUGGAGAAAGGCUAUCUGAAGAAGGCUUUCUAUGGAUCACAAGGUCCAACAUUUGGCACAAAGGUGAGCAAUUACCCACCGUGUCCGAAGCCGGAGCUGAUCAAAGGUCUCCGAGCCCACACCGACGCCGGUGGCAUCAUCCUCCUCUUCCAAGACGACAAGGUCAGUGGCCUACAGCUCCUCAAAGAUGGCAACUGGAUCGACGUGCCCCCAAUGCGCCAUGCCAUCGUAGUCAACCUUGGGGAUCAGCUUGAGGUGAUCACAAACGGAAGAUACAAAAGUGUGAUGCAUAGAGUCAUAACUCAAGCGAACGGAACCGGCCGAAUGUCGAUAGCUUCGUUCUACAAUCCCGGGAGCGACGCCGUGAUCUUCCCGGCGCCAGCGCUGGUGGAGAAAGAGGCUGAGGAGAAGAAUGGAGUGUAUCCCAAGUUUGUGUUUGAAGAUUACAUGAAGCUGUACUUAGGCGUCAAGUUUGAGGCCAAGGAGCCAAGAUUUGAAGCCAUGAAAGCCAAUGCCAAUUUGGGUCCAAUGGCAACAGCAUAAAAUAGAGAAACCAAAAUAAAGACACCCACUUUUUUUAACAAAUAAAUAUAUUGAAAGGUUUGGUUGCCUUUUUAAGUGGGUUGUGAGUGACUGAACUAUAGGUUAAUGUUAUUAAUUUAAUGAUAAGUUAAAAAGCAAGUUUGCAGAAGUAGAAUAUGUUUGUAGCAAAAGUGAUGUGUUUCCAUUUUCUCUAUAUAAUUAAAUUCACUUUCA